AUUAUAUUAAUAUUAUGCUUGAGGUGUAUAGUAUGUUUAGAGUUUAUAGGCUGAGAGUGUUCGGUAUACUUGUGAUAGAGAGGUUAUAAUAAGGCAAGAAAAUGAGUACAGCUAUUAAAGAGGGAAAGGGUGCUGACGGUAAAGGAGUGUGAGGGUGAUGAGCAAGAGAGAUGGGGUAAAAAGGGGGGCUGGCUAUUGGACUGUGAGAGAUCGAGAGAGAAGGAGGGAGGAAGGAAAAGGGAAGGCUGUUAGAGAGUCCUGGCACUCUGCAGCGUUCUGCCACCUUAUUAGAUGCUGAGGAGUGCUGGUUUGAAAGAAAUAUCUGCAUGCACACGUAUACAUACACAGACUAGUCUGUUCCACAGGACCAAAGGAAGCCGGGUUCUAUUAAUCAAAAUGUAAUCAUGGAUUUCUGUCACGUCAACUGAUACAGAAAAAAAAUCAAAAAUCAAAGAUACCAAGUGAUCAUUCGCAUUUAUCCAGUGAAUUUAAAAGUGUAUGAGGCAUAGUCACAUAACAAUGGAGAAUGUGACUCCUAGUGCAAUCACUAACUUAACCAAUACCGAACCUCUGAGCAAUAUGCCAGAGAACUCACUGGAAGUCCAAAUUAUCACCAUAUUACUGUCCCUGCUCAUCUGUGGGGUAGGAAUAGCUGGCAACAUCAUGGUCGUUCUGGUGGUUCUCCGAACCAAACACAUGAUGACUCCGACUAACUGUUAUCUGGUCAGCUUGGCCAUUGCAGAUCUCAUCGUUCUCUUAGCAGCUGGACUGCCGAACAUCUCUGAAGUGGUUUCUUCUUGGAUCUAUGGCUACACUGGCUGCUUAUGUAUCACUUACCUGCAGUAUCUGGGCAUCAAUGUUUCCUCUUGCUCCAUCACAGCUUUCACUGUUGAGCGCUACAUCGCUAUAUGUCACUCCAUCAAGGCACAGUUUAUAUGUACUGUAUCCAGAGCCAAAAAGAUCAUCGCUUGUGUUUGGAUUUUCACCUCACUUUAUUGCAUCAUGUGGUUUUUUCUCGUCGAUAUACACGAGAUGGUUUACGCCAAUGGUGUCGUUGUGAGAUGUGGUUAUCGGGUGUCAAGGAACCUCUACAUGCCAAUUUACUUUUUGGACUUCACACUGUUUUAUGUCAUUCCGCUGGUUGUGGCCACAGUGCUUUAUGGGUUGAUUGCUAGAAUAUUGUUCAUGAACCCUUUGCCAGCAAAUUUUUCUGAAAGAGGAAAUGACUCAAUCCACCAGGGACGGACAAACAGCACGGUGAAGGUCUCCUGCAAGCCAAAUAAGGGCGCAGUUUCCUCCAGAAAACAGGUGACUAAGAUGCUAGCAGUGGUGGUUGUAUUGUUCGCUCUGCUCUGGAUGCCCUAUCGUACUCUGGUGGUGGUGAAUUCGCUCAUGGACCCUCCAUACCUCAACACUUGGUUUCUGCUCUUCUGCCGCAUGAGCAUCUACACCAACAGUGCCAUUAACCCCAUCAUAUACAACGCCAUGUCACAAAAAUUCCGCACGGCUUUUAAGAAGCUGUGCCACUGCAAGGGAGCCACCAGUAAGGAGAAGGCAUCAAAACAUAAUGCUCCAGUCUACUACAGUGUCAUCAAAGACUCCUCAAGUCCUGAAUACGAGACAGAACAGGAGGAUGUUAGCACUUACAAUGUCAGUGCCAAGAGGGUGAACUUUUCAACCCAGACUGGAAGAGAAACCACUCCAGGGAUGUUCACUAUUGCUUGAGUUAAGCUGAGAAAAAGACUCUAACUUUUGUUAGGGUAUACAUUAUGUGAAUAUAAUCAACUGUUUGAUAUUUCAGUGUCUCAGUGGUCCAAAUGUUCCUUUUGAAGCAAGAACAAAAUAUUAAAGAUUUACACAAGCUUCUUGAAGGUGCCAGUAAAUAUGUUGACAAGCUGACAAGUGUUUUGAGGUUAUAUACUGUUGAGUGGGCUGUAGAAAUAUCUGCCAGCUAGGCAGAGCUCUUUCGCUGGCUAACUGCCUGCCUGAAUUAACGUGCAUGCAUGGGAGUCACUCAAGGCAUCCAUAUAGUAUUUAAAUGUUUAACAAAGCUAUCCUCUUGUUUUUUUAGUUCAUUUGCUAAUUACAAUGUAAACCAUGGCCACAUUUUUUAGUUAAAAAGACAAAUAUAACUAGCCAUGAGCAAAUUAAUAUUUUACAUAAAUAAAUCUGCUGCUGUAACGAACUAAAGUUAGCAAACUGGAGCACUAGACACGACAUAUACUAGUUUUUCUACUAAUUUUACCUCAGGUAAACUUGUUUGGAAAAAAUGGAUCUUCGAAUAUCCUUGGUUAGCAUCCAACAACAAUCCACCUAGUACUGUAGCUUGUGUAGUAGCCUGUAGUCCCUCCAGGAUUUUGUGGAGGUUUUUUUUUGUGAUUGUUUCAGCCAAAAAUGCUUGAUUUGCUGCAGGUUUUUUUUUUUUAAACAAAAUUUGCAACAAAACUUGUUGGAGACUUUUGUGUGUUUGCAAACUACUUGAAUUCUCUUUUAAACUACUAUCAGUGAAGACACAGAUGUUAUUUCUUUCUGUGAUAGCUGGAUUCAUGUUUGACAUACAUGAAUCAAAGAGACUGAAUCUUUGGCUGAAUGUGUAUUGAUAUCACAUGACUUUUUUUAGCCCAAAUCUGCAGAAAAUCUGCGGUAAUUUUUGCAAAUCCUGGAGAAACUGCUAUAUGCAUAAGCAUCCAUUCAGUUUCCCACUAGCAACAUUUCUAUAUAUAUAUCAUAUUUAGACACUUCAGUUUAUAAUCAGUGCAUUAAAAUUAUAUACAUUUUAUUAACUGGUAUAUGACUUCAGAGAACAUAUUUCAUUUUUCAGUAACAGGAAGGUGUAUCUGUGAAAGAAAUGCUAGGUAUUAUAGGUACAGAACAUAAACAACAAAAUAAACAUGAAAUCUAUAAAAUGAUAGAGAUUUGUAUGUGAUUUCUAUGUAAAAACACAAACAAAACUGUAAUGUACUGAAGUCAGAUGCUGUAGGAUCUGUAAAGUUAGUGCUGGCUGUAUUAAAUUAGCUUCCACCUGCAUGACAGGGAACAAAUCAGCAUGGGAUCACCCUAUGCUGUUUCUCACAUAGUGGUGGAAAAAGAUUGCACAGCUUAAAAUGUUCACAAAAUAUUACCUUGAACCUGUGAAGGGAAAAAAUCUGAAGGGAACCCAGAGUGAAAAAGCGAUGAUCAGUAUCAAUAAUCAUGAGGAAGCAUUUUUAUGUUACACAUGGCAACAGUAGAAAAUACUUUUAUUAGUAACUUUCUUUUUUAUUAUUAUUUAUUUAUUUAUUUAUUUAUGAUUUUUAACUGUUAUAAAUACUCAGUUGGGAAAUUUGUACUUUGCUCAUGAAGUAGGAACUGACUUGUAGUCUUACUCAAGUUCAUCUCAAAGUAAAAAUAAUCUCUUUUUUACACUUUAGUAAGGUCUUUUCUGAUAUCUAUUUUUUGAGUUAUUAAUUCAUACAGGAUGAGAUGCCUCUGUUUGCCUUCCAUGCAAAAUCAUCAGCAUGUAAAAUCCACCAUUAAGUUUUAUUUAGCUAGCUAGUAAGCUAAUAAAGUUUUGUACGUAGGUUUGUUACAUUAACUAGCUAGUUAUUGUUUGUAAUUGGUUUCUUGAUUUAGCUAGUUAGCUAAGUUUUGUUUUGUUGAUAAUAUGCUUGGCAUUUUAUUGCAAAUGGUUUUUAAACAUUAGCCAAAUCAAUGACCCAAAUGCUUGAAAUACCUGCAAAUAAUCAUUAAGACCAAUUGCUUAACAAACAAACUAGCUAGUUACAGUAUACAGGGUCAGAUAUGAUGCACUUGUCAGUGUUUUUGUUUAUUAUUGUUUAAUUUUAUUAUUGUGUACACGAGGGUUUAUAACUGUGGUUCUUUUUGGCAUCCUUGAUUUACUUUUGUUGUCUUUGUGAAUUUCAUCAGAUUUCAAGCAGUGAACCUCAGCAGUCCAAAAAGCACUUACACUUAAAAGUUUGCAGUCUGUCUUUUUUUUUAAUUAUAUUUAGUUGUUUAUUUAUUUUUAAAUUAUGCUUUGGGGCUGUGUAUGACAGUCUUGUAAUUCACAGCUGAAAUGAUAUUAAAGUAGGUUCUGUAAAAAUCGCUCAGUUUUUAAUAUUUAUGGAAAACAUAACGUUUCCAUCAUUUGGUAUUGUUCAGAUUCGUAUCAUUUCUUGAACACUUGUGAAACUGGUGUAAAUAUUGUGUUACUUAAUGAAAAUAUGAUUUUAUUUACAAGUACGUAUAUUUUCAUCAUUAUGAAUUGUUUUUAGAGCUAACAAAACUCUCUAUAAAAUGUCAGUCUGAUAUCAGAAAAAGAUUUAUAUCAUCAGAUUAGUUUACAUGCUGAAAUCACCGUCUUUCUAACAAAGAGGACAUUGUUAAGUUUUGGUUGAAACAAAUGCAACAUAGCAUUCAGAAUGUAAUUAUUGACAACAGAACUAAAGAGAACAGCAAAGCCAUUAGAGAAGACAAAAUCAUCAUUACAAUUAUUUGCAAUUUUGUUUUAAUAAAUAAAUAAAUAGAUAGAUAGAUAGAUAGAUAGAUAGAUAGAUAGAUAGAUAGAUAGAUAGAUAGAUAGAUAGAUAGAUAGAUAGAUAGAUAGAUAAAUAAAUACCUUUUGGACCAUCACUUUUGUACAAUCGGCACUUGGGACUCUUCGUGAAUCUGUUGAAUAUGGAUUUAAUAUGCUGUUUUAUUUUUGACAAUGCCUAAGUGUGUUCAUGUGAAAUGAAAUCUCUCACAAUUUCCGCACUGUGCAAUAUAAACAAAAUGAAUAUGUGGCUAGUUAUGUUGCAUGAAUAUUACUUUGUGUUGUGCAACAUGUAUUUUUAUAUGCUCACAAAAUAUCAAAUGGUAACCAAAUAAUCAUGCUUAGAUGUCAGUAACGAACACUUAAUUCUUAGUUAGUUGAGCAUUUUUCUGGUUUACUUUAAUUAUCACUUUGAACUGAAUUUUCAAUCACAAUGAAUAAUAAUAAAUAAUAUACAGUAAUGAUGGCUUAGUGUUUAUCAUGUUUGCUUAAUACCUCCAGUGUUGGGAGUUUAAUUCCCAAUUCCUGCUCUGUGGGCAAAGUUUGCAUGUCCUUCACAUGUUUUGAGGGUUUCCUGUAGGUACUCACAGUUUCCUGUAACCUUUACUAGAAUAAGAGUGGAUAUGCAUAAAAUGGAUGGGAUGAUGGAUGCUCUUUUGGUACACAGACUUUAAGAUGCACAUAUUAGUGAUAUGACAGUCUAUAGGUUGCUUGUUCCAAGCAAAUUGGAUGCGUAUCCCUGCAAUAAACUAAAUGUAUUACAUAAAAGGACAAACGAAUCCUAUAAGCCACCUCACUAACCCGCUCUAUCUGCUUUUGAAAUAAAGACUAAAUGAUUUUCUUUACAGUCUAUGAAGCCAGUAAGGAGCAAUGCAAUUGGAGUAAUGGAUAAAUAUUAGAAUUACCUGUACCUGUUUUGUGAUCAUGUUGGAUUUUAGUUACAGCCUGAAUUUUUUUCUUUGCUAUAGCCUGAAAUCCUGCAAUAAUUACUAAUUUUUAUGUUUAAGACUUGUUUCUUUCACUGGUCUUUUCAUGUGGUGGGAAGUAAAUAUUGAAUAAAACGUUCAAUUUCUGUUUGAAAGAGCACUAACACUGUAAUAGUAUUAUAAAAGGGUGGGACAGAUUGGCUUUGAAAAUACUUCAAAAAUGGCAAGAAGACAAAAACAAUGCAGAAAACAGGGAUAUUUAUUAUGUCUUAUUUGUGGGAUAUUUGUUCAAUAUGACCGAAUAAAAGAGUUGAA